UUUUUUUUUUUUUUUUUUCAGGACGAUGAAGCAAAGGUAUCCACAGGAAUGGUAAAUGAGAGCUACUCCACUGAAAGUCGAAUUAGUGCAGUGACAUCCUGUAAAACAGCUGAACUCAUACGUUCACAGAACCUUGGCUACUUUCAGAAUAAUAAAGUAGAUGAAGAGUCAGAGGAGGAUGAUGACUAUAUUCCCUCUGAAGACUGGAAAAAAGAAAUAAUGGUUGGCUCCAUGUAUCAAGCUGAAACACCAUCUGGACUGUGUAAAUACAAAGACAAAGAGAAAGUCUAUGAAAACGAUGACCAGCUGCUGUGGAAUCCUGAAAUUCUUACUGAAAACACUGUGGUUGAGUAUCUGACAGAAGCAUGUCAACGGACGGGAGAGGAGACUGGAGUAGACGCUAUUCCAGAAGGAUCCCACAUCAAAGACAAUGAGCAGGCAUUAUAUGAGUUGGUGAAAUGUAAUUUCGAUACUGCUGAAGCUUUGCGAAGAUUAAGAUUUAACGUUAAAGCAGCCCGAGAGGAACUAUCUGUCUGGACUGAGGAAGAAUGUAGAAAUUUUGAACAAGGUUUAAAGGCUUACGGAAAAGACUUCCAUUUUAUCCAGGCCAGCAAGGUCAGAACAAGGUCUGUCGGAGAUUGUGUGGCUUUUUAUUACAUGUGGAAAAAGUCAGAGCGGUAUGAUUUCUUUGCGCAACAAACUAGGCUUGGAAAAAGGAAAUACAACCUUCACCCAGGAGUAACGGAUUACAUGGACAGACUUUUAGAUGAGACGGAAAGCACUGCUUCCAGUCGAGCAACCACACCACUUCCUGCCACCUCUAGCAGCAGCACUAGCCAGUCUGAGCGAGAAGAGAAUAGCAGUCACAAUGGACUCACCAGUCACAGCUCCAGUGCAGAUGCCACACAGAUCUUGAGCAGUGUGAGCGAGGGGAAGAUUGAAUCUGUCCCGGUGAAUGGAGCAUCUAAACAAAGUCUACUAACAGAUCAUCUUGACUCCAACGGCUGUAAACUAACAGACACCCACAACACAGACAGAAACGGCUUGGUGAAGCACCAACAGGACUGCCAGGGUCUCAACAAGCCAACAAAAAAGUCCCGGACAGAAUCAGAAUCACUGGACCAAGUUGAAAUAGACCCUUCAAGGAUAAAAGAAGACUGAAUAAGACAGUCCAAAAGUCAGUCCAAAAUCAAAAACCAGGGCGAUGGGACAGCGCUGUGACACCUCUCACCUCAUCCACCCUAAAUCCAAAGCUAAGCUGCUCUAAAAAUACCACCUUCUAAACCUAACUACAGCUAAUUAAUGCGCCUUUUUCAUAAAACCAUUUUACAGAGAAAUGUAUAUUCUGUAUGUAAUUGGAAUUUGUCUGCUAUUUUUUUACCAACAAGAUAUUUAUAUUUUUUGAGACAUUUUGGCAAAUGGUGAAAAUGCUGUUCAAGCCAUUAUACAUAAUUGAUGAGGAUAAAUGUUGGUGAGCGUGUGUUUCCAGGUACAUCAAGUUGUUUUGAUUUAUAUUGUAUAUUAAUGGUUCAGUGCUCAGCUUUUUUGUUGUCUGAGACAUAUUGCAAGCUCCCGUCAGAUGUAGUGAAAAUAAAUAAUCCAAUGGAA